GUCUGAUUACCGUCGACGAGCCAAUGACAGAGGAGGAAACCCAGGCCUACCUGAGCAGGUUCUGCUGCUUUCUACUAACUCCACUACAUUUAGGGGAGGGAAAUGUGGUACUUUUAACUGCACUACAGCAGGUUGCUGUGGACCGACUGGAUCAGCUGCACGGACCCCCGCUGAACAGAACCGAAUCGAACUGAGCCGAACUGAGACGAAUCGGCAAGAGGAGCCCAUCCCGAGCUCCGUGAGUUCAUCCCGGAGUCAGUCUGGUCAGCCGGGACUCUGCUGCACUUUGUCCGUCCGCAUGGAGGCUCCGGGCGGCCUGAGACCAGUCGAGCUGCUGGUUCUGAUGCUCUUCUGCUCCCCGGCUCCGGGACACGCCGAGAGGGUGUGUCACUGCAGCGGGAAGUCCUUCUGUCACUGUGAAGGGGUCAAAGGACAAAAGGGUGAACCUGGUUACCUUGGAUACGACGGACUUCCUGGAGUGAUUGGUUACCCUGGAAAUGAAGGCCAUCAGGGCUCACCUGGAGAAAAGGGUGACCAGGGACCAGCAGGAGGUCCAGGACUGAAGGGCUCUCGGGGUCUUCCAGGAAAACCAGGCUUCCCAGGACCUCCAGGACUGCCGGGACUCCCUGGACACGAAGGUCCCAUUGGCCAACUAGGUCUCCCAGGAUGCAACGGGACAAAGGGAGACGUAGGUCACCCAGGGUUCCCUGGGGUUCUAGGGCCGAUCGGCCUCCAAGGUCAACCAGGACCACGAGGUACAAAGGGGGGCUCGAUUGUCUAUCCCGUCACUCAGACCAUUAAAGGAGCAACAGGACCACGAGGACCUGAUGGAGUAAAAGGGCUGAGUGGAGAUCAGGGUGAACCAGGCCUGCCAGGACUGCCAGGAGCCACUGGACUUCCUGGAACUCCAGGGUUGCCGGGGUUACCAGGAGAGAAGGGUCAGGAGGGUCCCAGUCCUGUGAUCCCGGGUCCCAGAGGACAGAGGGGUGACCGCGGCCCACCGGGAAUUCCUGGACAGAAAGGAAUCAAACUGUAUGCUGAAGGACCCAAAGAACUGAAGGGUGAACCAGGUGAAAUUGGAGCAAAAGGCUGUCGUGGACUUCCUGGUGUGGCAGGCAAACUGGGGGUUAAAGGAGGGCAGGGCGAUCGAGGUGAUCCUGGCACACUGGGUAAACCCGGGAAGGAUGGAGUCCCUGGAGAGCUGGGAGAACAGGGAGACCCAGGGGGUCGUGGGUUCCUCGGCCCUCCAGGCAUUGAAGGAGCCAAGGGAGAGAAAGGUGAUCGUGGUUUUCCAGGUCUUCCAGGAGAGAUGGUCUGGAAUCACAGAUUCCUGAAGGGCCAGCUCGGUGUCCCCGGGCCCCGCGGACCCCCCGGAGUCCCCGGAGAACAAGGACUCAUAGGUUUCCCUGGACUGCAGGGCAAACCAGGUGUGGCUGACCCUGGUCCACCAGGCCCCCGGGGGCUGACCGGCUCAUCUGGACCCAAAGGAGAACCAGGAGAGCCAGCGCCUGUGAUCAUUGGACCAAAGGGGCAGACUGGAGUCCCAGGUGCUCGUGGAGUUGAAGGAGAACCGGGAGAACCAGGAAUACCAGAUUUCCUGCAGGGAGAUGUUGGUCCUCCAGGAAGUAAAGGUACAAACGGACUGAUGGGACUUCCUGGAACCAGAGGGGAGGGUGGACAGAAGGGUGAGAAGGGGGAGGUGUGCACAGUCUGUCAAGUUGUUUUUGGCACUCCUGGACCUCCAGGUAAACCAGGAGAACCAGGCGAAAAUGGGUUGCGAGGUUCAGUUGGUUUUCCAGGAACCAAAGGUCAGAAAGGGGUCAAAGGUGUUGCAGGACUACCUGGUCCAGAGGGUCUCUUUGGUAUCCCUGGCCUCAUGGGGCCCUCAGGACCCGUUGGUGACCCUGGGAUUAUGCAGAGGGUGGGGCAGAAGGGCGAGGAUGGGGACCAAGGGGGGCCAGGACCACCAGGAUUUGUGGGGACAGAUGGACGUCAGGGAAUUACAGGACCAAAAGGUGUUCUUGGAGAGAAAGGAAACCCUGGGCCUCUGGGGCCAAAAGGUGACAGGGGCCCACUCGGGGAGACUGGUCCCAGAGGACAAUUAGGACAGAUGGGACCUUCAGGACCUCCUGGAAUUGGGACUCCAGGACCUCCAGGACCUCAAGGCGAUGUGGGAGUGCUGGGACAGCGAGGAGAUCCCGGAAGACCGGGGGAAAAAGGUUCUCCAGGAGAAAUCAAAACCUCUCCAGGAGAUCCAGGACAGAAAGGAGAGAAAGGUUUAUCUGGAAACCCCGGACCUGACGGUGUGACAGGACUUCCAGGUGAUGCAGGAUCUGUUGGUCUAAAGGGGGAAAAGGGAGAUGAAGGAUUUUCAAUCCAGGGCCCUCUAGGAUUCCCAGGGGUCAAAGGACCCAAGGGCGUUUCAGGAGCUCCAGGUUUACCAAGUUUUGGUAUCAAAGGACGGGCGGGGCCAUCAGGCCCCCCAGGAAAGCCAGGCCCCAAGGGGGACAGGGGUAUCGGGUUCCCAGGUCAGCAGGGUCAAUCAGGCCCACAGGGAGAAGAUGGCUCUGUGGGUCCCCAAGGAAUCCCUGGACCUGAAGGACUAGAUGGAGCUCCAGGACCUCCAGGACAAGACGGACCACCAGGGCCCAAAGGUCGUAGUGGUCUGGAUGGUAUACCCGGUCCUGUUGGUUUUGUUGGACUGUGUUUACCUGGACCUCCUGGGCCUGAAGGAGAGCAGGGACAGAUGGGUGUCAUUGGAUUCACAGGGGCCCGGGGCCCAAAGGGUGUGCAGGGUGACCUUGGGCUGCCGGGCGUGGGAGCCAUGGGGACUCAGGGUCUAUAUGGGACCCCGGGGUUUGAUGGACCUCCAGGGCCAGUAGGAGAAGUUGGACUGAAAGGCCUGAGAGGGACCAAUGGGGAGCCAGGAAGCCCAGGCAUCAGAGGGGACGAGGGCGUUCCAGGAGCCUUUGGGAGUCCGGGGGAAGAUGGUCAACCAGGAGAGACUGGACAACCAGGACCGACAGGUCAGACCGGUAUCGAUGGAGUCAGGGGUCCUCAGGGGCUUCUGGGGCCACAGGGGGACAGAGGAGAAACUGGAUCUAAAGGAAUCCAGAGAGCUGUGCAUAUAUAUGGUGAUCCAGGAGACUCUGGAUCUGCUGGGCCCGCAGGUCUUACUGGUGCUAAAGGUGAGAGGGGACCCCCGGGGCCAAGGGGCCUGGACGGCAGCAAUGGUAGACCUGGAAAUUCCGGGCCACGAGGGCUUCCUGGAGACCCUGGUAGAGAUGGAGAGAAAGGUCCUCCUGGUGCCUGUGGAGUUAACGGUGAUCCAGGAGAGAUGGGGAAGCCAGGUUGUAAAGGUGAGAAAGGUUUGACGGGGCCUUGUGGGCCAGCUGGAUCAGAUGGGAAGCCAGGACCAGAUGGACCUAAAGGUCCUAAAGGAGAACCAAGCCCACCUGGACCAGGAUCCAAAGGAUUUCCAGGAGAGAAGGGGAAUCCAGGAUGUCCUGGACCUCCGGGUCCAAAGGGGAAACCAGGCAAUGUUGGAAACUUUGGCCCUCCAGGAGCCUGUGGCCCCUGUGGCCCCAAAGGACCUUCUGGAACCCCAGGAUGCAGAGGUCCUCCUGGUUCUCCUGGGGAAAAGGGUUGUGAUGGUCCUCCAGGAAAAAAUGGCCCUCCAGGACCCACUGGCCUCACAGGUAACAAGGGGCCUCCUGGAGAUCCCGGUCCAGCUGGUCCAAGAGGAAACCAGGGACAGGAUGGAAUACCUGGGCCUCCUGGAGAGAAAGGAGCAAUGGGAGCCACUGGAUCCGGACCACGGGGCCCAGAGGGGAAGAAAGGUACACCUGGCUGUGCUGGGGAGAAGGGUCCUCCUGGUCCUUGUGGUCCACCUGGUCCCUGUGGUGCUGGAGGACAUCCAGGUUGUCCUGGUCCUCCUGGACCGCCAGGUCCUCCUGGUUGUCCAGGCAAGGAGGGAGUCUGCACUGGAGGAGGAAAAGGAGAAAACGGACUUCCGGGAGCACAAGGACCCAAAGGUCCACCAGGCACUCGGGGUCCUCCUGGUCCUCCAGGUUCUGGUUUUAAAGGAGAGAAAGGAUGUAAAGGAGCAACAGGUGACCCAGGACCACCUGGUUCCCCUGGUGACCCUGGCUCACGAGGCAGGCCGGGUGCAGACAGACCACCGGGCCCAUUCGGACCCAAAGGCUUAAUGGGAGAAACUGGUGUCACAGGACCUGCUGGUAUGAAAGGGGAGGAAGGACCUCCAGGUUGCCAAGGCCAACAAGGACCUCCAGGACCACCAGGGAGGAGAGGCCAGAGAGGGAAGGAUGUAUCCAGAGAGGUGGUGCUGUUGCCAGGGGACAAAGGCUUAACUGGAGAGCAGGGGCCCCCAGGACAAGUGGGACCCCCAGGGGCCCGAGGGACACCUGGAAGUCCAGGUUCGAAGGGCAGCAGAGGGAACGCUGGCAAAAGUGGACAAGGUGGUCGUUGUGGAUUGAAAGGGGAUCGGGGAGAUCCAGGAUGCCAAGGAUCAAAAGGUCUCGCUGGCAUACGAGGUCCGCCCGGCGCUAAAGGUGUUGCGGGUCUACCGGGUCCCUGCACGGACGCACCAGAGAUGGACGGCUUCCUGUUCACCAGACACAGCCAGAAACUCCGUAUCCCAGAAUGCCCUUCAGGGACCACUGAGAUAUACAGCGGGUACUCACUGCUGUUCGUCAACGGAAACAACCGAGCUCACGGACAAGACCUGGGUACGUUAGGUAGCUGCUUACCUCGUUUUACCACCAUGCCCUUCCUGUUCUGCAGCACUGACAGCACCUGUCGCUACGCCUCACGCAACGACUACUCCUAUUGGCUGUCCACCGAUGAUGAGCUGCUGCCGAGCAGCAUGCCGUUCAUCUCCGGGGAAUCACUGAGGAAUUACAUCAGCCGGUGUACUGUAUGUGAGGCCAAAGCCAACGUGAUCGCCGUCCACAGCCAGACCAGUUUGAUUCCGCAGUGUCCUUCAGGCUGGGAGCCUCUCUGGUUCGGAUACUCCUUCGUGAUGGAAACAGGAGUGGGGGCGGAGGGCUCAGGUCAGCCUCUGGCCUCUCCUGGAUCCUGCCUGGAAAAUUUCAGGAAGAUUCCCUUCAUCGAGUGUCACGGCAGAGGAACCUGCAACUACUACACCGACUCCUACAGCUACUGGCUGGCUGCUCUCAACCCCAGCGACAUGUUCAGUAAACCGAAGCCUCAGACCAACACGGGAGCGUUUCCGGGAAACCUGAUCAGCCGCUGUCGAGUCUGCAUGAAGCAGCUGUAAUACCUGCUACUGAUGAUGGUGCUGCUUCUGCUGCGCACUCACACCUGCCCUGCAGGUGUGUCGGCAGCAGAAGGUUUAGAGGACGACGUUAUGCUAAUGAGCCGUGAUGUGUCGCAGUAUUGACCAAUGAGAGGGCAGAUAUGUUCACCGUCUGACCUCAGUUCCUUUAACAGGAACUUCAGUGAAAAUUCAAACAAUGUUGGAGCUUGUUGAAUUCUUAAUAAUUAAUGACCUGUUUCAAAUGUAUCAAUAAUAUGUUAAUGAAUCAUUUCUGAUUGACAGAAACCUCAAAGAUCUGAUCAAUAGUUUAAUCACUAAUCAAUAAGAUUAGUCUGUAACCUUUUACUCUUCACCAGCAUUCAUCAGGACACCUCAGAGUGUUUCUGCUGGUAUGAGCACCCUGUCAUUACUACUACGACUACUGCAAGUAGUACUUCUCCUGUUACUGCUACUGUUACUGAUAUUACCACGUCCUUUAAAUAAAACUAGCAAUGCCUCAGAGUCAAAAAUACUUUUACUGCGACAUUAACAUUCCUGCACUGACAGCAUUUACAGAAGUACCAGCAGUAAAAUGUACAUGAGUAUACAAAGUAGAAGUAUACAUUCUGAGGAUUUGUUCUGGAGUACAUCCAGUAGUGAAUGUAAAAGUACACAUUUCAAAGUAUCUGCUAACAGAAAAAAGUACUGCAGUAAAAAUUAAAGUUUUUCCCUCUAAGAUGUAGUGCAGGAAAUCUGGAAGUACUCAAAAGAAAAACUAUACUCCCAUAUAACACAUACUUACUACAACGGCUAAUAUGAGUACCAUUAUAGUAGUAGUACUAGUAGUAAUCCUGCUUCUUGUAUUAUAUCUUUUUAAGAGUAAUAAGACAAGUAUCAAUCUGACUAUUAACAGAAAGUAAUUGUAGUACUAUGUGCACUACCACCAUUGCUAUCACCACUACUGCUACUACAGUACUGUGGUACUUGCAUGCAGGUCGUUUUUUAACAAUAACAUUUUGAUAUUCAGUGUAGUUGUGAGUGUAUUCAGUUACAACUACUGCUACACCUACAACUAGAAGCUACGCUGUACGCCCUCUGCCACCAUUAUCUACUAAAAGUUACAACCUCUUAGUACUACUGCUACUUCUACUACUGUAAGCAGUGCUGCGACUGCUGGUACUACUAAGUGCUACAACUACUGCUGCCAUUAUCUGCAAAUCUAACUCGUAGUACAACUACUCCCACUGCUGCCACAAAUACUAACAGGACUAAUACUACUACUGUGACUGGAGCUGCAGUACUGCUGUCUGCCAUCAGAUGGAGCUCCAACAAAACUUGAAGUGAAUGAGAAAAACCGAGCAGAUUAACGCGAUUUUAUUUUCCGCACGGCAACAGAGUUUGGCGCUCUCUGAUUGGAUGAUGCUCUCUGCAGUGCACUCUGGGGCUUGUAGUUGUCCUCUGUCAUAAAGUUCUGCAGGAGCACUGAACGUUUUCUUUCUAUUUUUAUCAAACAAUGAUAAAGAACAGAUGCACAAAUACACACCAAUAAAUAAGAGUUUACAGUCUGCCCACGUUAUCCUCCAAUCAUCUCAAAGCUCUUGUUCUCACUUGUACAUACUCCUCUCCUGUCACUGUUAAAUCCACUGAUAUAUUCUGAUUCAUUGGGAUAACAUUAUUUUUUUGUGAAUAUGAUUCUUGUUGAAUUUAAUAAAACAUGUUGUUUUACA